GCUUUCAAUCUCAUGUAUUUAUUGCGAUAAGGACCCAUCCUCAAUCAAGAAACUACCAAACAUCCCCAAGCACAUCAUGGCAUCCCUGUCAGAAAACCAGACCCUCUCACCACUAGAAUUCCAACACAAUGUCGAAAGACGCUUCCAUCAACUCCGUAAAAUUGCCGAGUCCCCGGUAUGUCUGCCCCAUUGAAUCCUCCACCAGGUCUCCCGCUAACACUUCACCCAUUCAGGGCUGGGACCCCAGCUUCGCACGCUACAGCCUCCGUCUCGAAUCCACCUCCAUCGACCCCUGUCCUACCGCGACAUUCACCUUCACCGUCACAGAACUCAUGACCAACUUCGGCGGCGUCCUCCACGGUGGCUGCGCAGCCACUAUCAUCGACAUGUUGACGACCGUCCCGUUGGGUGCCAUCUCGCGGCCUGGAUUCUACACAAGCCUUGGAGUGAGUCGCAGCUUGAAUGUCACUUACUUUCGGGCUCUCAGGAAAGGCGAGGAUGCGCGCAGAGGUGUAUGAUGCAAAAUGUGGGAGGAAGUGUCUUGUGGGGGAGAAUGAUAAGGCGAAUACGGACGAGUAUGAUUGACACCGGAGGUCCGGAGGCA